GAGGACUGUAAGAGCAAGAAGAAGAAGUGUCUCUGCGACGGAGCAUGUGGCAUGUCCUGCAUCAAACCAGAUCGUGAAUGCCCCGAACUGGAACAACCUGAAGUCGGUACCAUCACGUUAACAGGACGACUGUUUGGUGACAAGGCCGUAUAUUCGUGUCCCCACGGGUACCACGUAGUGGGUCUUCAGAGCCGAAGUUGCCAGGCUGACGGCAAGUGGGCCGGACAACCCCCCGCUUGCAAACAAAACAUCUACUGUCUCCAACCACCAACGAUCGAGCACGCCCGCCAUUCUGCCCUGCCUGAGCAAGCUACCUUCGACCUUGAUGCCACCGUACAGUACAACUGUCACACCGGUUACGUCACCAACGGCUUCCCCAGGGCUAAGUGCUUGGCUAUUGACAAUCAGGCCUCUUGGUACGGCCCAGAUAUCAGCUGUGAACCUCGAUCCUGUGGCGAGCCUGGCGAAGUGCCCCAUGGCUGGGUGACAGCAGAUUGCCACACCUUCGGCUGCCGCGCUGUUGUGCAAUGCGGGCAGGGCUUCGAGCUGGUUGGCAAAGCUGAACGCUACUGCCAGGCCGACGGAGCUUGGUCUCCCAAGGAGCUGCCUACUUGUGUCCUGGUAACCCAGGUGCAGUGCCCACAACCCGAAGCGCCGCGGCACGGGAAAGCAGUAUUUACAUCAUGUGCUUACAACUCCGUGGUGUCGUAUGAGUGCAAGUACGGAUAUCGGCUGGUAGGAGACGCGACCAGGCGUUGUGGCGCUGAUAAGAAGUGGUCGGGGAUGCAACCUGUUUGCAAAGAAAUCAACUGCGGCCACCCAGGUCAACUCUGGAACGGUUGGCUGGAAAACAUUUCAUCAGGAACGGGCCUAGGAGCGUCCAUCAUUUUCAGAUGCCAGGAUGGCAUGAAGAUGGAAGGAAAUGGGUCUGCGAUUUGUCAGAGCGAUGGGACUUGGAGUCAUCCGCUGCCAAAAUGCUUAGCCCCCUGCGUAGUGCCCCACGUGUCACAAGGGAAAGUGGUGCUGGUGGAAAACAAGACUGCAGACAACGAAACGGAAACUAAUACGCAGAUUGUCGGCAGCUCCACCAUGGUGCAACAUGGUGACAUAAUAAUAGUAGACUGCGAGCAGAACUACGAAUUCCCGUCUAACAAUGCAGCUGUGACCUGUAACAAUGGCACCUGGACGCAAAUACCAAGGUGUCAGCCUGCCAGGUGCAAAAGAAUGCCGAAGAACCCUCGCUUCGGCAUGGUGAUAGCUCCUAAAACUGAACACGGGAUGAAAGCAAGGUUUAGAUGUAAAGACGGUUACGAGUUGAAAGGAAAUCCUAUUGUUGUGUGUUCAUUUGGGAAUUGGACAGGAGAAACGCCCAAAUGCGAAGAAGUCUUCUGCCCAUUCCCUGGGUACAUCGAAAACGGGAAGGUACUUCUAGUUGGAAACAUGGGGUUGUACGACUACCGACCUUACGUCAAGAAGGUGGUUAACAACAAACAAAUCAUGUACGAAUGUGAGAAAGGCUAUGUAUUGUCUGAAGGUCCACCUGGCGCCACCUGCAUUGGCGGCCAUUGGCGUCCUAGAGAAUUGCCCAAGUGUACUCUUUUCCAACAUCCUCGAAUCCGUUGGACACGCCGACGUCGUUCUAUAACAGAUACAGAACUCCGUUCUAGAAGAUCAGCCUACCUCCGCCAAUACUACAACAACCUUCGACAUAAACCUGACCCUACUCAACAACACCUCGAUCAGUUGUAUGAUAAAUACAAUCACAAAACUCAAAAACCCACUUUGAGACAUGCAAACUUCAAAAUUAUGAAAAAACUUGACACUAAUAUUGAAGAUGAAGAUGAAGAUGUUUCUGCUGAAACCCCUGAUGGAGAAUAUCCAACUGCUGUUUACACAGUUUACAAUGUACAUGGAGAACCUAUAGGACACAGAUUGUACUCGUAUCAACCAGUUUAUGAGCCGGAAGAGGAAGAUAUAAUACAACAUCAUGAAGAUAUCAGUGAAUAUCAAGAUGAUGACGAAUUAGAUGAAUUACCCAAUGUUACGGUCUUAAAAGGCGGUCUAUUUCACGAACAUGGGCGUGGUAAGGAAAAUGAGAAGAAUAUUAAUAAAUUGAAACAUCAAUAUUUUGAAAGAUAUUUAGAUAAAAGAAGAAAACGCUAUUCAAGUUCUAAAAAUGGUGACGAGGUAAAAAAAGAAAUGGACGUUGAAUUACAAGGUGCUGAUAGUAAAAAACGUGUAAGAAAACAUAGAGUUGAUAACAAAUUGGACUUAGAUUUAGAUUUAGAAGCUGAGGAAAGUAGAAGCACCAUAACUAUCAUAGGUUCUACUGUAAAACCUAGAAUUAAAAGAGAUUUAGUAAGAGAAGAAUACCAUAGAGAUUGGACAACAAUACCAAUCAAAAAAGAAUAUACAAACGAAAUUAUAAAUAAUAUGCUUAAAGUCAUACCGCUACAAAGUUUAGACCUAGAGGCCAAAGCUACAGUAGAUAGUAAAUCUGAACAUAAUGUUAUCAAUCGCAAUGACAAAGAAAUGGCAGUAAUACCUUUGCAAUAUAAAAGUACGAAUUCAACAGAAGUAGAGAACAUUUUGGAUAAAAGGGAUAAAAGAACGAGUAGAAAAACAGAUAGACUUAACCAAACUACAGCUACUAUUCCAAAAACAGGUCGAGAAGGCAAAGGGGGUCGGAACAAUCCAGCGCAUCUGAACGAUGAUGAAAGUCAAAGUACUGAAGCAAAAGAGUUUAUGGAUGGAGCCACUAAUACUACUGAAAAGAAAAAAGGACGACCAAAGGUGCCAUGUGAACCGAUCGAGAGUGAUCCUUACGUUAAUAUUGAGAUUGUUAAGUACGGACGGGAUCCAAAUAACAGUUUUAGCUCUGGCACUAUUGUACGAGUUGCUUGUGGAAAAGGCUACGGACUGAACUUAGAAGCAAACGCUACUGCCAAAUGCGUUAGAGGACGAUGGAAACCUGACAAACCGAAGUGCGAAAUUUUGCCUUGUCACGUCCCGUCGACUGAGUACGGCAUAUACACUAUGCCUUCGGACUCGUCUCCUCUAACCUUGGGCUCCAGCCAAGAGGAUCGAGAACUCAAUGAAACUGACCCUGUACCGAAUGGACAAGUCGUUCACUUCUCCUGUGAAUACGGAUACAACGUUCAAGGGCCGACAAAUUUGAGAUGUUGGCUUGGCGAAUGGGCAGUCACCAGCAUGCCAGAAUGCGUGGCAGCACCCUGCGAACUUCCCCUUCUGCAUGGAGCGACUUACGAAGCAGGGUACAGAGCAGGUCUAACUGUGGCCCAUGCAUCAUCAGUCAACAUAGCUUGCGAACCCGGUAGAGCACCGCCAGCUACACUGAAUUGCCACUUAGGAAGACUACAGCCUACUGUCCAUGACUUCUGCAGGCCUUUAGCAAAUCUAUCCCGUCCACGUCCAACAUCAGAGUUUCAGAGUGGUUCAGACAUCGUCAGGGAAGAUGUUUCAGAUCUAGAACCGGAUCUGGAUGGUAAAACAAUCACAGAAUGCGGACCUCCGGCCAGGGUCCAAGGCACUCUCAUAUACCGGGACGGGUCUGAGGUCAAUGGCACACUGAGCAUGGAAGGCUACCCCCAUGGAACUGAGAUCACGUUCAGAUGUAUUGCAUCUAUCAUGGGUGAGAAGACCACAUGGAAACUCAUUUGUGAAAAUGGAAGUUGGAUCGGAAAAAGUUUUGAUUGUGAGGAACUGGAAGCACAAAGCGAAGAGCUAUUAAACAACAAUAGCUGUACGUUCAGAAACGAAGAGCCUCACGUCGUGUCGUUCUUCAAUGAUCUAGAGAUCACAGAAAUUGUGGAUUUCCCAGCCGGAUCGGUUAUUGUAUCCAGGUGUAGCGAUAUUGGCAAAUACGCCAUGACAGGAUCACCAACAAGGAAAUGCAUUGGAGGAUCUUGGGACGGCAUGAAGCCCUCUUGCUUUGGUCUGAAUCAGGAAAACGAUUAUGCUAAGAAGCCACCAACGAUAUUGUUUAGGCAUUCUCAAGGACCCAUCGCGCAGACCAACGACGGUAAGAUGCUGGUCUACCCUGGUACGGUGUUGCAUAUGGAGUGCCUGUGGAUGAGAAGGUUUGGAAAUCCGAAAUGGAACGUCACGCAUUACUAUCAGGAUGUCAACCGCACUUACCCGGAGGGCUGGACUACAGAUCCUGGACGGGACAGCCAACUGGAGUACCGGUUGAGCAUCAUGAGCGCUGAGAAGGAGGAUUCAGGGAUUUAUAGAUGCGAGACACCUGCAAGACAAAGCCAUCAGGUUGAGGUUAUUGUUGAAGGUAUGUUCAUGUUAAGCAAAGAUGACGAUUAUGACUUUAUAACGAUUAUUUUGCAGAUUAUUGCUAAUAUUAACUUGAAGGAUUUUUGUUAA